AUGCUCAUUUUUUCCUUGAAGGUGACGUCUGCUCUGCAACAUGCUGAGUCUUUAGCUCACAAAGAUAGUGUGGCCGAAGCUGAUGGAAGGAACUACAUCGAUAACUUGAGAAAGGUCAUCAGUCAAGGUAAAAGUGAUCCUUCUACGGCUAACAAUGCUCUUCUUAUAAAUGCGAUGGAAACUGCGAACAAAUUAUCUCAUCAGUUGGACGAGCUGAAUGGUCUCGUAUCCAAGGCUCGCCAAGAAUCAACCAUCUUGAACCAGUAUAAGGACCUGAUUGAGCGUAGUCGUCAGCAGUUUGCUUUGGAAAUGCGAAGCAUUCUUCCUAACGUUGAUGUGAAUGCGAAGGAUAAGAAUUUGACCGAAGAUGAACUAAACGCACUCAUCGCUCACGCUCAUUUAAAAGUUGACCAUUUGCGAAGGCAGCUAUCGGAUCAACAAGUGAGUUUUCAACGCAAAACCAUUCAAAAUCGAAGAAUUGUUUAUAUAGAAAGUUUUGAGGCACGAGAGGAGCAGCAUAUCGCUCGCGCUAUUGCAGAACAGCGUGAAGCUGAUGAGCGUAUAGCUGCGGAACGACUUAGAAUUGAAUUGAAACGAAUACAGCAGCAACAGGAUGUUGCAAUCGAGAAAGCGGUUAGUUUGAGGGUCCUUUAUUGCUAUAACGUAUAA